AGUAUUUAGGUAGCUAGUACUUACACUCAAAGUAGGACAAGUGAUUUGAGAUACCCGGAGCUGCGAAGGAACAAAAUGUCCGUCCAAUCCAACUCCAGAAACCACCCCACCCCUCAAGACGAAGACUACGACCUCACAACCCAAAUCAACACCAACACCGGCCUCCGUCAAGGCCUCACAUCCUACGGCGACGCACACUUCUCCCUAUUUCUGCGAAAAGUCUUCAUCAAAGCCUUGGGGUACACCGACGACGCCCUUUCCCGCCCUCUCAUCGGCAUCAUAAACACUUACUCCAGCUACAAUCCAUGCCACGCAAAUGUUCCCCAACUAAUCGAAGCCGCAAAGAGAGGGGUACAGUUACAUGGUGGUCUAGCAGUGGAUUUUCCGACUAUUACGCUUCAUGAGUCGUUUGCGUAUCCGACGAGUAUGUUUUUGAGGAAUCUGAUGAGUAUGGAUACCGAGGAGAUGAUUAGGGCGCAGCCGAUGGAUGGGUGUAUUAUGAUCGGGGGAUGUGAUAAGACUGUGCCGGCACAGUUGAUGGGUGGAAUAUCAGCUAAUAAACCCGUGCUCCCUCUUAUCACUGGGCCAAUGAUGCCGGGUAAUCACAGAGGUGAACGGUUGGGAGCUUGUACGGAUUGUCGAAAUAAUUGGGCGGCGUAUAGAGCUGGUCAGAUUGAUGUUGAGGAGGUUAGUGCUAUCAACGAGGAAUUAGCUCCUACGUCUGGUACAUGCGGUGUCAUGGGAACAGCAAGUACAAUGGCCUGCAUAACCGCCGCGCUAGGCAUGAUGCCACUAAAAGGAGCCACCGCACCAGCUGUAUCCUCCACUCGACUUCGUAUAGCUGAAGAAACAGGCACCAACGCUGUGGCAGUCGCAAAGGCGUCUCGAACACCGCAAGAAAUCCUCUCUAAAGAAUCAUUUUUCAAUGCAAUUACAGUCCUACAAGCAAUAGGUGGCUCGACGAAUGCGGUCGUACAUCUCUUGGCCGUCGCGAAUCGACACCCCAAAAUCCAGGGAAGGAUUACAUUGCAGACAUUUGAUGAUAUUGGUCGAAAGACUCCCUUGCUGGUUGACCUCAAGCCGAGUGGAUCGAAUUAUAUGACUGAUUUUCAUAAUGCGGGUGGAAUGUUGGCAUUGAUGCAUACGCUUCGACCAUUACUAUAUCUGAACGCUAUGACGAUAUCCGGCAAGACGUUGGGGCAAGUUCUUGAUGACUCUCCGUUUCGACCGUUUGCAUAUUCUCGAGAGGUUAUUAGAUCCCUGGAUAAUCCACUUUAUCCGUGUUCAUCACUUGUCGUGCUUAGAGGGAAUAUCGCACCCAACGGAGCUGUCAUGAAAGCCUCUGCGUCCAAGGAUCGGGCAUUAUUGAAACACUCCGGUCUAGCGGUGGUGUUUGAGAAUACAGCUGAUAUGGCAAAUCGAAUCGAUGAUCCCGAUCUCCCCGUGACAAAGGACUCAGUCCUUGUACUGAAAAGUAUUGGCCCCGUAGGGAAUCCCGGUAUGCCAGAAGCAGGAUUAAUUCCUUUACCGCGGAAAUUGGCUAGUCAAGGUGUAACCGAUAUGUUACGUUUAUCAGAUGGAAGAAUGUCUGGAACAGCGGGCGGAACGAUUAUCUUACAUAUUUCGCCAGAGUCGGCACUGCCGGAAUCACCGUUUGGUAUUGUUCGGACGGGGGAUGUUAUUACCUGUGAUGUGGAGCAACGAAGACUUCAUUUGGAGGCCUCGGAUAAUGAGAUUCGGCGGAGAAUUGCGGAGCGGAGAGUAGAGGUUGCGCAGAGUAUGGGCGAGAAAAAGUCGCAACGGGGUUAUAGGGGGUUGUAUGUAAAGUCUGUGAAUCAGGCGGAGGAAGGGGCUGAUUUUGAUUUUUUGACGGCGAGUGGUGCAGGGGUUAGUAUAUAACUUUAUCAAUGAGAGGUUUGAC